AUGGCGCUCAGAAUCGGUGUCAGUUUUGUGAGGUUGAAUUAUCUACGACAUGCCGUUAGGCUCUUGUCUACACAUACACAACCGGAAGUAAUUAAUAAUGGAGGAAGUAUAUCAGAUUUUCCUGGAGCUAGAGCUCCCUACGUGACGGAGAUGAAGUUUCUCAAUGAAAACAGCUACGAUCUCAUCCCUAUCUACCGAGUGAUGGAUAAAAACGGCGAAGUUAUCGAUAAUAGGGAAGAUCCCAAUAUCGAUAAAGACACUCUUCUGCACAUGUACAAAACGAUGGUUCAACUGAGUCAAAUGGACAAAAUUUUAUAUGAAUCACAAAGACAAGGACGUAUUUCGUUUUACAUGACCAACUAUGGUGAAGAAGGAAUUCACGUGGGGAGUGCAUCUGCACUUUCCCAUCGCGAUUUGGUCUUUGCGCAAUACAGAGAGGUUGGAGUAUUUCUUUAUCGGGGUAUGACGAUUACGGAGCUGGUUAACCAGUGUUACGGGAACUGCGAGGACCCCGGGAAAGGAAGACAGAUGCCGGUCCACUACGGAAGCAAGCAGCACAACAUCGUCACCAUAUCUAGCCCGUUAGCAACUCAAAUGCCGCAAGCUGUUGGGGCAGCGUACGCCCUAAAGCGGGUGCCAAACAAUGAUCGCUGCGUCAUCUGCUACUUUGGAGACGGUGCAGCUUCAGAAGGAGACGCUCAUGCUGCUUUCAACUUCGCAGCGACACUCGACUGUCCCGUCAUUAUGAUGUGUAGAAACAACGGGUAUGCGAUAUCGACGCCCACGAGCGAACAGUACCGCGGCGACGGGAUCGCCAGCCGCGGCCCAGCGCUGGGCAUGCACACGGUGCGCGUGGACGGCACCGACGCGCUCGCCGUGCACAAUGCGGUGCGCCGCGCCAGGGAACUCGCGCUAAACAACAAGCCCGUGCUAAUUGAGGCUAUGUCAUAUAGAGUGGGCCACCAUUCUACAUCAGACGACAGUACCGCAUACCGGCCAGUUGAAGAAAUACAGAAAUGGACGAAAGAAGAGAGCCCCAUUCAGAAACUGAGACUUUACCUUGAGCGCAAAGGCUUUUGGGACGCUGACGCCGAGAAGCAGUGCGUUAAGGAGGCGAGAGACACGGUCGUUAGAACUAUGCAGGAGGCGGAGAAGAAGAAGAGGCCGCACUGGAAGGAAAUGCUGGAAGAUGUCUAUUAUGACAUGCCUCCAAGGCUUCAGAAACAAAUGAAUCAAAUGGAGAAGCAUCUGGAGAAAUAUUCAGAGCACUACCCACUUAAUCAGUACCAACAAGAUUGA